GGGGGCGGACGGGCGGAGCGGAGCGGAGCCGCGCCGAGCCGAGCCGCGCCGAGCCGCGCCGCGCCAAGCCGAGCCAGGGACCCACGCUCCCUGAGAUGCCCAGCCGCCCCGCCAGGCUCUCACCCCGCUGCCUUAGGCGCUGAAGCCAGCGGACGCUCGGCGCUGCACGCACCAAGGUGGCCCCCGGUCGGCGAGCCCGGCGGACGGCGGUGGAUGAGCGCUCGGCCCUGGCCUAGCCGCACUCGCGCACCGGCAGCAUGGACUUCGUCAUGAAGCAGGCGCUGGGCGGGGCCACCAAGGAUAUGGGGAAGAUGCUGGGGGGCGAGGAGGAGAAGGACCCCGACGCGCAGAAGAAAGAGGAGGAGAGGCAGGAAGCGCUGCGCCAGCAGGAGGAGGAGCGGAAAGCCAAGCACGCCCGCAUGGAGGCCGAGCGGGAGAAGGUCCGGCAGCAGAUCCGCGACAAGUACGGGCUGAAGAAGAAGGAGGAAAAGGAGGCUGAGGAGAAAGCGGCGCUGGAGCAGCCAUGUGAGGGCAGCCUGACGCGCCCCAAGAAGGCAAUCCCGGCAGGCUGUGGGGACGAGGAGGAAGAGGAGGAAGAGAGUAUCCUGGACACCGUGCUCAAGUACCUGCCCGGCCCGCUGCAGGAUAUGUUCAAGAAGUAACAGCACCACCAACCCCGCCAUGGGGUGCUGGGGCACGGGCGCCCUUCCCCCCCCCCGCCCCAACUCCUCCAUCGUUUCCUCUGGCCCUAGUGGGGGGUCCCUGCACCCCCUCUGCACCACCCUCUCCUUGACCAGACCCCAAAGGCACCCCCAUCUCGUCCAGGCAGGGUCCCCCCAGCCACGCUGUGCCAAAGGGGAGCGUCCCUGGCUGGACACGGCGAACCGGGACCAAAUGCACUGACACAACCUCACAGCAGGCUGGGGGCACCCCAGACCCUGCGGUGGCUCCCUGCAUCCCAGCCCCGUCCUUCUCCCUACACCGCCUCCACCCCGCCCUCCCACGCACCCCGGGGGGGGGGCGCCGGCAGGCCGCGGCGGCUCCGCUCGCCUGCCCGCGUCCCCAGCACUGCCACCCCCAGCCCCAUCCUGCCCUGGGCCGCCCCCAAAGCACAAAGCCAGGCGCCCUGCCCGCAGCUCCCCAGCCCCCGCUCCCUGGGCACGGGGGUCCCCCAGGGCUGCCCAGUGUGUCCCAGCAUCGGGGGGUUGGAGGGGACCCCCUCCCCGCAUCUCUGGCCCCAUAGUUAAAGCCAUAUCAGUUAGACUGCAAUACUUCAGCACCGGGAGGAGCUGGCGCCGCGCUCCGCCAACCGUGUACAAAGGCGCGUGCGGGGCAGGGACCCCCCUGCCUCGUCCCCCCUGCCCUGUCCCCGCUGUCCCCACCGCUCGCUCGUCCGUGUCUCGGCCCCGCUGGCCCCUGUUCUCGCAUUAGUGUCUCCGUGCCAGGGUGCGCCCCGUUGCUCCAUGCGUCCUCGUGUUCGCUGCUCACGCCUCCACCCCGCGCCCCGCUGUCCCCGGGGCCCCCCGCAGCGCUGAGCCGAGCGCCCUGCGCUGCCCUGCCGGGGCCCCGGCCCGGGUGGGGACCCCGCUCUGCCCCGUGCCCACGGGCUGCAAUAAACCCAGCGCAGAGCCGAGGGCUGCCGAGCCAGUCCCCGGCUGCCUGCAGGCAGCCGACAGGCUGGGAGCACCCGGCUGCCUCCCCCAGACGCUGGACGCACGGUUCUCCCGGGCCUGGGAACGGACCCCCCGGGCAGGGUGGCCCGGGCACGUCCCCGCACCCCAACAGGGGGACACGGGGGGCACGCCAUCGCCUCCGAACUGUCCCUUGCCCCACCGUGCUCCCUCGCCCCUGUGCUUCCUCCGCCACAGCCCCGCAGCCGCUCACCCUGGCCCUCCCCAGGAGGCAGGGGGUGGCGCGGCGCGGGGCCCCGCAGACAUGCCGUGACCAUCCUGCUCGAACUAGUCUUUGACAAACUAAUAAAAUAA